GAAAAUGUUUAUUUUUAGUAAUUGCUGAAAAUUUUUAAGAUUUGGUAAGGAGAAAUGUGAAGUUUGCAUAGUUUUAUUUAUAUCGACCUGCACUUCCUAUAAAUAGGCCAAAUUCGUUUGGGAAAGAGUACCCCAAGAAAUGACACUUGAGAAUUAUCAAGACAGUUAAAAAUUAAAGAUUUUUCCCAACUUAUGUCAAUUCAUUUCAACCUAAAUGGAAAACAUCUCAGGUAUAUUAAGAGCUUUAGUCAGAGGACUUUAUGACAGCCUGAAAGGCACAAUAGUCAUAUUUUAUUUGGAUAAGCAUAUAAAUGAAAAAGCCGAAAGAAGCUCUCCAUUGAGGCAUGACCUAUCAAAGCGAGUAAGCGAAAGCCCUUUUGUUAAAAAGGAGAAAAAACCACAACCUCAAGAGAAAAAGGUUCUGAAAAGGACAUUGCAGUGUUGUGGCCUAAAUGGAGGUGUGUUUUGGUUCAGCAUAUUGCUUUUUGAGUGCGGCUUGUUGCCUUUGGUCAAAUAUAUUUUGUUCGUUGCGUUUGGCGAGACUUCCACAGUAGGCAGUACAGUGUGGUCGUUAAUCCAGUCAUUCCUUUCGCUCAUAUUCAGUACGGUUUGGGUCUUGCCGUUACUCCUGCUGAGCAAAGUCGUGAACAGUUUGUGGUUUCAAGAUAUAGCAGACUCUGCUUAUAGACAUAGUAGAGGGAGACCUCAGCUUCUUUCUAGCUUUGGUAAACUGAUAGCUGACGCCUUGUUUAGUGUUCUCAUACAAUUUUUGUUUUUAAUUCAGACGCUUUUAGUAAGCUAUUUUCCUGUUAGCCCAUUUGGCUAUUUAUUUUCUCUAGUCCAUACUUGUAUGUUGUACUCGUUGUAUUCCUUUGAGUACAAAAUGUACAACAUGGGUUGGGAAUUGCAUAAAAGACUCAAUUUUAUAGAAGCUAAUUGGCCUUAUUUUAUUGGUUUUGGAUUACCAUUAGCUUUACUUACUAGCCUAACAAAUUCUUACAUUGUCAGUGGAUGUAUAUUUUCAAUUUUGUUUCCUCUAUUCAUCAUAAGCGCCAACGAGGCAGAUCCAGUCCGCAAUUCUACGACAUCACAGCUCCAACUAUUCUCACCAGUUAUCGCUAUUUCAAAUGCCCUCUUUCAUCGAACCAUGACUCCAUACAUUUCUGAUAAUCGCCCAAAGCUAGUUCAUCGCAGCUGAUUUGAUUUAGGGUAAUGUUUGACCAAUUUUUUAAAAUUUAAUUAAUAAAUGGCUGUGCUGUUUUUAACAGUGAUUUUUUUUAAUAUCAAAGUGAUUUUUUUUUUUUUGCCAUAUGGGUAAAAACACCCAUUCUCUAUGUGCUUAAGCUUGUUUUGUACGUUGAACAAUGAUUUGUACAUGUAAAAAAAUAUAUAUAUAUAUUUUUAGGGUUCCAAUGUAAUUUAUUGUAAUGUUCAAAUUUAUUCCUAGAACACGGGUUUCUAUUAGGAAAAAAGGGGGAAAUAAUUGUAAAUAAAUACUAGAAUUUA